CAAGAUGCAUUUAGUCAGAUAAGGAUUUUCAAUAAAUAGAUGUUUGCUCGGUGUUGUGGAUUUAAGCACACGACAUCGGAAGACCCUCCCUCCGUAGCCAAGAGGGUCACCACCGGAAGAAGGUCACAGGCACUACAUUCAAGAUGGCGGCCCCCUUGUUUCAGUGUUAUCAGGCAUAUCUAAGAAGGGUCUGUUUAGCAUUCCCUUCGUCUUUCCUGCUGCUUCACAACAGACCCAACGUCCGCAGGAUACGUGGGUUCGUCUCAAGCUCCCAUCGGAUUUACUAUGUGCCCCGGUCACCCUCUCUGCAGGUAAGGUACAUGUCAGGGGAAAAGGGUGGCGGCAGGAAAGGUUUCCUGGGGGAGUUUCUGGACAGCCUGAAGCAAGAACUUAACAAGAACAAGGAAAUGAAAGAAAGUAUCAAGAAGUUUCGUGAAGAGGCCAAAAAACUGGAGGAGUCAGACGCAUUGAAACACGCUCGAAGGAAAUAUAAAACUAUUGAGUCUGAAACAGUGAGAACAUCUGAGGUCCUAAAGAAAACAAUAGGUAAUAUCUCAGAGACAGUAAAAGAGGGGAUAGAAGAGGUCAGCCGAACCGAUAUUGGGAAGAAAAUCAAAGAGGGAAUGGAGGAAGCGGCCAAAACAGCCAAGACUUCUGCAGAAAGUGUCUCUAAGAGUGGGGAGAAGCUGGGGAAGACUGGCGCGUUCAGGGCAAUAUCUCAGGGCAUGGAGAGUGUGAAAAAAGAGAUUGGUGACCUUGGUCACAUGGGCCCUUAUCGACCUCCUGCCAAACUUAGAAAGAGGAGUGAGUUUUCCUCCAAGGGGGCCGGUGAGGAGAACAAGGUCUUUGAAGCCAACAAAGAAGCCAUGGGUGUGGUGCUCCACAAAGACUCAAAAUGGUACCAACAGUGGAAGGACUUUAAAGAUAAUAACGUUGUCUUCAACAGGUUUUUUGAGAUGAAGAUGAAAUAUGAUGAGAGUGACAACGCCUUCAUCAGAGCGUCCCGUGCUGUCACUGAUAGGAUGACUGACAUCAUAGGUGGGCUGUUUUCUAAGACAGAGAUGUCUGAGGUGCUAACAGAAAUUCUGAAGGUGGAUCCAUCCUUUGACAAAGAUUCCUUCCUCAAACAGUGUAAACAAGAUAUCAUUCCCAAUAUACUGGAGGCAAUGAUCAGGGGAGAGCUGGACGUACUGAAGGACUGGUGUUAUGAAGCGACAUACAGCCAGCUCGCACACCCAAUUCAGCAAGCCAAGGCCAUGGGACUCAAGUUUCACUCUAAGAUCCUGGACAUAGACAAUAUUGAUCUGGCGAUGGGGAAGAUGAUGGACCAGGGUCCAGUGCUGAUUAUCACCUUCCAGGCUCAGUUAGUUAUGGUGAUUAGAAACACCAAUGGAGAUGUUGUCGAGGGAGACCCUGACAAAGUGCUCAGGAUGAUGUACGUGUGGGCUCUGUGUCGAGAUCAGGAGGAGCUUAAUCCAAAUGCUGCCUGGAGACUACUUGACAUCUCUGCCUCUAGCACCGAACAGAUCCUAUAAGACUCUUUGAUGUUCACAAAACACACUCAUCCAAGGGCAGAACAUAAUGGACCUGAGCUGGUCCUGGAGCUUAUUGGGAAAUAAAGGGGAAGAAAGCAAUGAGGAACUGAAGGACAGACACAUGGGGACAUGCCCGCUGUUCAUCACAGCAACCUGAACGCGUCACGGGGGUUGGGGUUUUCGGGAGAUUCUUGAUGCAAUUUCUCCAUUUGACACUAGAGGGUGGUAGAGUUUCACCAACUGUCUGUUUGUGUGCUGUGUGGUUUUUCGAGUUGUCAAGUAGCUGUUAUUGGCUUGAAGGGAUAAACAAGAUGAACCUGGGUUUUCUCUCCUUUCUCUGUUUACUCAUUUCCUCAUAACUUCUCUUCCCCUCUGAAGAGGGUGUUGUGGCCAGUGGCUGCUGGUCUUUGUAUGUAUAAUAAUUAUCCAAUGUAAUUGUUAAACUGAGAAAAGUUUAUAUUUAUUAUGAAAAAAUAAAAUUGCCCUUGUUUUUCACACCAGCA